GCUACUCCAUUGCUCUUGUGGUGACGUGUCAAGCAAGUGCCGGAAGCGUCUGAGUUGUUCCAAGAUGGCUUACCAGACAUUUCAGCAGGAAUAUUUACAGAUUCCUGUUGUUACUAGGGCAUACACUACCGCAUGUGUUCUCACAACCGCUGCAGUGCAACUAGAACUCAUCACACCUUUUCAACUAUACUUCAAUCCAGAUUUGAUACUAAGGAAUUAUCAGGUAUGGAGAAUCAUAACCAACUUUCUAUUUUUCGGCCCAGUUGGCUUCAACUUCCUUUUCAAUAUGAUAUUUUUAUAUCGAUACUGUCGUAUGCUGGAGGAGGGUUCUUUCAGGGGUCGCACUGCUGACUUCGUCUUCAUGUUCCUCUUUGGUGGCCUUCUGAUGACUAUAUUUGGCACUUUUGUGAGUCUAGUGUUCUUGGGCCAAGCCUUUACCAUCAUGCUAGUGUACGUGUGGAGCAGACGUAACCCCAAUGUCCGCAUGAACUUCUUUGGCCUGCUGAACUUCCAGGCACCUUUCCUCCCCUGGGUUCUGAUGGGAUUCUCUCUGUUACUGGGCAACUCCAUCAUUGUGGAUCUACUAGGUAUUGCUGUAGGUCAUGUAUACUUCUUCCUGGAAGAUGUGUUCCCUAACCAACCAGGCGGUGGCAGAUGGCUCAAGACUCCUUCAUUUCUUAAGAUGCUGUUUGACACGCCAGAAGACGACGCCAACUACAACCCUCUCCCAGAGGAACGCCCUGGAGGGUUUGGAUGGGGCGAGGGCCAGCGCCUCGGGGGUUAACAUGGCACCUCUUAUCAUUACAGGAUCACUUUCAUGGACAUUCCCUCAAUGGAAGGCUAGGGGGACAAAUUAUGUGGUCUUUAUUCAACUUGUUUCACUAUAGUUCUGGAUGAAGAAGGCCAAUCUCCUACCUGAGCUUUCCGGAGAUUCGUCGGUUGUCUGUGUACUGUAUGUGGCUUACACCCCCCUCAAAGACUGUUCUAAAAGCCGGACUGUUGCCAUAAGACCAUCUGUGACGAGGCAACAACAGGGAGAGGGGACUUUGAAGGGCAAACAUUUGGCUGUAUUGUUGGCGUAUGUCUUUAUCUCAGAAAAUAUAAUCAGAUGAGCAGAAACAAGAGGACAAGGAUAUCUGAUUGAAUUGAUGAAUUCCGGUCAGAUCUCGUGUUUUUCCAUUUUACUUUUUUCUUCUUUUUUUUUUUAAGAAUAAAUGUGUGGCAAGCAAGAAUAAUUGUUGAGUAUAUUUUUUGUAUUAUUUUAAUUGGUCUAAUUUAGCAUAUCAAUUGUGGAAAUUACAUCAAAGAUGCACAGUUAUUAAUUGAAUUCUCAAUCACUUAAUACUUGUGAACCUAUAUUCCUUCUGGCGCUGUCAAACACGCAUGUGUUUUAAGUGUUAAACAUUUUGCUUGUGUAUGUUUGUAGCAAAAAUAACACUGGGUGAAGUACAGUGUCUAUAUUUUUAAAACAAAAAAAAACUGAAUUGUCACAGGGCACAUUACAAGCUUUUAUUCUAAAAUAGAUUAUUUCUUUUAUUUAUCCUUUCAACCUACACACUCACAAACAUAAUGACAAAGCAAAAGCAAAACAGGGUUUUAGACAUUUUUGAACAUCCACUCCAUCAUACACCAACAUGCUCCUAGUACUAAUGACAUCAGGUUGAUGGACUCAUUCUGCUUACGCUGACUUCAACAUGACCAACAGCAUAUCUGAAGAGGAACAGCGCCUCUUUUGACUUGACAGUGUUAUCCACAAAUGUCAGUGAUCGGUUGCCCACUGGUGCCACUCCCUCUUGUUUGUAUCUCAAAAUUUGUAUUGAGUCAUUAAAACAAAAUAACAUUUUCAAUGUUAUGUUAUUGGCUAAAGACUAAGCAGUAACAGUUAUAUAUAUAUGUAUAUUUGACAGUAUAUUUUUUAGAAAAAGAAAGGGUAUGGAAGAAUGUCACUAUUACAGUAUUUUGAGUUUUUAUAACAUUUAUUACUUUAAAAAAUGAAAGAUACAAUAUGUCCAGGUAAUUAAUUGUACAGUUACACUGGUCCUUUAUGUAACCAUCCACUCAAUUAUCAAAUUAAUGUUUAAUAUAUGUUCCACUCACGCACACAGAAAAAUUGUAAGACAACAACCUUAGUGUCACUUAAAUCUUAUAAGUAUGGUUUCCAUAAUGGUAUGUAUGGCUAAGCCAAGAAAAAAAACAAUAUUCAAGGAAAAUAUAUUCCUGCUGUUGUCAUUUCUUGGAAACUGGUUUUAAGCAGAAGCACAACAUGCUUAAAAGGGUACAGCACUAUGAGUAGACAGUAAUUUCCUCCUGCCGUUCUGUGCUGCUUCCAAGUUUUGUUG